UAGCGUAGAAUUUAUGAUGUCAUCAUCGUGCGCGCGACCUAGCCGCAGAGUUGUCUUAGCAUGAAUUAGGCGAUGACAGCUUUAAAAAAGGCUUUAAAGUCUCACUUCGGCUUUGACAGCUUCAGGUCUAAACUGCAGGAAGAUGUUGUUACUGCGGUCAUCAAAGGUGACAGGGAUGUGUUUGUUUGUAUGCCCACCGGAGCAGGAAAGUCUCUGUGCUACCAGUUUCCUGCAGUGCUGGCUGAAGGCAUCACUCUGGUUAUAUCCCCACUUAUCGCUCUCAUCCAGGACCAAGUGGACCACCUGCAGGAGCUGAGCAUCCCAGCCUGCUCCAUUAACUCCAAACUCCCGGCAGCUGAGCGCCGUGCCAUCUUGGCUGACUUGACGAGCAAGAGUCCGAAGCUGAAACUGCUCUACAUUACACCAGAAAUGGUGGCGUCUCCUUCCUUCCAGCCCUGCCUGACAAACCUGUGCUCCCACAACCUCUUCUCUUACCUGGCUGUGGAUGAAGCUCAUUGUGUCUCCCAGUGGGGUCAUGAUUUUAGGCCAGACUACCUCAAACUGGGCGAGCUGCGUGCUCGCUUGUCAGGGGUUCCUUGCUUGGCUCUGACAGCGACAGCCCCCAAGAAUGUACAACAGGACAUUGUUCGUUCCUUGAGGCUGCAGUCGCCGCUGUCUUUUGUUACACCUGUUUUCAGGAGUAACUUGUAUUAUGAUGUGAUCUUCAGGGAGCUGCUGCCGAACCCUUACGUUCACCUCCAUGCAUUUAUUAUAAAGGUAUUGGAGCAGGCCAGCGCAUCCAAAGGACAGGGAUGUGGGAUUGUGUACUGUCGGACCAGAGACGGAUGUGAAACUGUGGCAUAUGAGCUGACUAAACUUGGAGUCUUGGCUAAACCUUAUCACGCAGGUCUCAAAGCAUCAGAUCGCACAGAGGUCCAGAAUGAGUGGAUGCAGGGAAAAGUGCUGGUUAUUGUCGCCACCAUCAGUUUCGGGAUGGGUGUAGACAAGCCAGACGUCAGGUUUGUAGCCCACUGGAACCUCGCCAAGUCCUUGGCCAGUUACUACCAAGAGUCCGGGCGAGCAGGGAGAGACGGAUUGCCUUCCUCUUGUCGCACCUACUACUCCCAAAAAGAUAAGGAGCAAAUCAACUUCCUCAUCCGCCAGGAGGUUACACGUAGACAGCAAAAGCGCGGUUUUGAAAAAGACACAGACAAAACGGCCAUGAUAGACUUUGAAGCCAUGGUCUCAUUUUGUGAGCAAGAAAGUUGCCGCCACACAGCCAUUUCAAAGUUCUUUGGGGACAAGCCGCCAAACUGUGCAGGUUCCUGUGACUUCUGCCGGAACCCGAAUCUUGUGCGAGCCCAACGGGAGAGAGCGGCGAGCCUCAGGACCUUCACUAUAGCAGCUCAGAGCAAAGAGCCCAAGGGCCCAUUUGGAUUCCAGCCAGAGCUGUACGGAGGAGGAAAGAAGGGCUAUGGCUUCGAGAGAUAUGAUGAAGGGGGAGAUGGCAAUGAGGAAGAUGAUGCUAUUAAGAGGAAAAAGGAGUUUUCAGACCUCUUCAAAAAGCAGAUGGCGAUACGGAAGGGAUCUGAUGCGGAGAAGGAAGAUUUUGUUCUACCAGAUGCUGACUGUCCUCUCAGAGAUGCGAGCAGCCAGAGGAUUCCCAGACUUACUGUAAAGGCCAGAGAGCACUGCCUGUACCUCUUACAGGAAGCACUAAGUGGGCACCAAGGAGCAGAACGGACAUUCAACUGUGAUACUCUCUCCACCGCAGUGGACAUCGAGCAUGGCGUCUUCAAGAGCAGCAAGUCUUCCAAUUUGUACAAAGCUACUGUCCUGAAGAAAGUAGCCGAGGUGAAGAAAACGGCUCACACAGAUGGCGAUAACGUUCAUUGUAAGAGUGAGACCAGUGAAGCAAAGUCAAAGCUUCAAGGAGAAGUGCCUUCAUCUUCCUCCACUGUUUCUGAGGAGCUGCAGGGUUUCACAUCUGCAUCGGAGGUCUAUUCGCUGAAGCGGAAGCGAAUAGGGUUAGGACAUCGGGGUUCAUUCAUCUCAUUUCAGACGCCCAACAAGCUGUUAAAUCCCUCCACAGUGGAACCUGACAGGCGGCCAGAGACCAAAAAUUCCACUUACAUUCAAACAUCAUCCAUCAGAUCCAAAGCCGCUGCCUCCCUGAAUAACCCGACGAAGUUAGGCAGAACCGUGAACAAGAAGCAGCAGAAACUGGCUGACAUGGCCAAGAACUCCUGCAAUAUUUCACAGUAUUUCAGGAAGAAAGAGACAGAGAAGAGUCCCGAACCAGAAAUGAUAAAGGGGACUGAAGAUGCAUUUUCUCAUCCAACCAGCACGAUUCCACAAGAAAACACUCGGUCACCCAUCAGCAGAGACACUCCUGUGGUGGAACAAGUAGAUGAGGAUGUGAUGGAAGUGGAGACAAAUAAAGAUGUAAUAGUUAUAUCAGAUGACGAAGAGGAAGAAACGCAUACGACUGAGGGGAUGAAUCUGGGCAGAGAGGCGCCUGCGCAGGAGUUGCCGUCCAUCACACAACAAAAUAUUCCCGCAGAAGAAGUGAAGCCACCUGAAAUAAAUAGGUUGACAGAUGAUACUAAAGCCACCAGGGAGUCUUCUCCUCCAGCCAAGCGAAGCUGCACCACUGAGGAUGUGAGUAGCAGGAGGGUGACCUUUAACCCCAAUGUGCAGGAGAGGGUUCUGCAUCCUGUUAACCAACCAUCGAAGGCUUUAGCGCUGAAAGACGCUGCCGAUAUUGUGGUGCGCUGUCUCAACCCAUUUUAUCGCCAGGGAAAGUUCGCCAACAAGGAACUGUUCAAGUCUUUUGCGCGCUACUUGUCUCACCUCCUCACUGAAGGAAAUAUUCAGGAAAAAAGUGAAGUUAUGGGAGAAGCCAGAGCUCUCAUUAAGAAGUUCUUCAGCAAAGUGAAGCACUGUGAAAGCGAGGCAGACUGGAAGCACCUCAAAAGACAUCAAAACUGCACCACCAGCAAAAAACAGGAAUGAUGGGAAACUUCUGCUUUCAUGUAAGAGGGACAGGAAAAGACCUUCCUCGCCGUCAGCGGCUAAGCUUGUUUACAGACCAACUGUUGAUUUGUUGCUAGUAGUCCAUGAGCCAGAGGCCCAUUUUGACCUAAUUGGUACCACUUAAUGGGACCAUACAACACUUAGAAUCCAGCCUCAGUGUGAAUAAAUGUAGAAAUAAAUGGAAUGGUCUCCAAAGUCAUCGUCCAUUAUGUUACCCUGUAAUGUCACAACAGAUGGUACCAACUUUUUAAAACUCUGUUAACCAAUAAUUUGACUUAGUUUUUAACAAAAUUGAGACAAACGUUUGACCCCUGUACAAACAAAGUGACCUUUACCAUUUUUGCUGUUUUUACCCCAUAACUCUAUAAACUACUUUCAUAGAGUGGUGGCUGAAUGGUUAGUGCGCUUCGUUUCAGUGCAGAAGGUUCCCGGUUCAAACCUCACCCCUACUGCAUUUCUCCAUGUAAUGUGGAGUUGCGUCAGGAAGGGCAUCCGGCAUGAAACUUGUGGCAAUACAACAUGCAGAUCCACCUCAGAUCCGUGGUGGCGAUCCCGAGUUUAAAAUAAGGGAGCAGCUGAAAAGACUUAUAUCCAAUAUGAUUGGAGCUUUUUAUUUUUUUUAUGUUGACCCCUGUGUAUUCUUUCAUUGAUCCCCUACCUGGCUAACCCUAACCCUAGGAUGGCCACCAUUCAUUUUUGUGUUGGUCAUUGCAUAGUGAAUGUAGAGCAGGUAGCUGAGUGGAUAAGGACCUGUCCUGCCAAUAUGUAGACUUGGGUUUGACUCUCGCUCAUGCUGCCUAUCGUGUCCUUGGACAAGACACUUCUACAUUGCCUCAGUCUACCCAACUGGAAAUAGGUACUGUUCUUGCCUGGGCAUGUAACCUGUGUGGGAGGGUCUCCCAUCCAGGGAGAGUUGUAGAGUCUCCUCCGCUUGAUUCUAUAGAAGCUGGCGAUAAGCACUGGCACCAAUGAGCCUCAGGGCCCAUAUGGGACUUACUUUGUGAUAUAGUGAGGCUGGAUUUUGUUGCUUAGUCCCUUUAAAAUUGUACAGAAAACCUACUUGAUUUAAUGUUUUUUGAGCUAAUUGCUGCUGCUUUUCAGUUACUAAGCAAUAAACUAUACAUUUAUACUGUCAGCACAUAGCUAGCACUGUGUCUGCUCCUACAUUCACAGGGUCACGUCAUUAGGUACCCGAUGCCGAUGUGAGUACCAGCUUGGACACCCCCCCCUUUACCUUAAUUCUUCAUGCCUUUGAUUCAACAAGGUGCUGGAAAGGAUCCUGAGAGAUUUUGGUCCAUAUUGACUUGAUGUCAUCAGAUAGUUGAUUGCCACACCAUGACACCACCUCCACCCAGGCACGAUGCAUCUAUGUGCAGAAAUUGACUCAUCAAACCAUGCAGCACACUUCCAGUCUUCCACUGUGCAGUGUUUUGAGAGUGUGCCCGCUGUAGCCUGUCUGCUUCAAGGUUUGAUGUUUUCAGUGAUGCCUUUAGAUCAGGAUAUGAAUCACCUCAGGUACUGGCUCGAACCGGUCUGGCUAUUUUUCUCUGCUCAACCAGGCAAUUUCAUCCAGAGCACCUGCACUUACUAGACGUUUCAUCUUGGACCAUUCUGUGUAGGUUGUGUCUAGAAAUCCCAGUAAGAUCAGCAGUUUGUGAAAUACUCAAACCAUCCAACAACCGCACCACAUUCAAACCUGCUGAAAUCACCUUUCUUCUGCAUUCUAAUGCUUUUUCAAAAUGUGACCAGGUCCUCUUGACCAUGUUUCUGUGCCCACAUGCAUGCAUUUCUGCCAUGUGGCUGGCAGAUUGGUGUACCUAAUAUAGUGGCCGAUGACUGGUUAGUCCAUUUUAUAUCAUUCUGUGCUUAGACCUGACUUUUUCAGAGAGCGAGUACCCUCCUCCAGUGCAUUGUGAUCAGCAACAUUGCUGCAUGUUUAUUGUACAGAUAUUAAUAUUUCACUGUAGCAGUUCUGGAUCUUUACCCUGGGUGUGGACAGAACCUGUUGGCUGUGGGUGUGUGUGUCAGAAAAACUCAAAGGACAAAUUGACAGAAUUGAUCUGAAACUCACUGUCGCCCCUUAGUGGCUACUUUGAGUGCAGAACCAUUUUGAGAAAAUUUAGGCAGACGUGAAUAAGCACAUCCGUAUUAAUGUAAAAUACUGCUUUUUGAGUCUGUUUUUGUACAUUCUGAGAAAAAAAUGCAUUCAACCGCAGUGGUCAAAAAAAUGGACAUUUUAAUUUUCAAGAACGAGACGUUUUACACCAAAGGCCAAACACUUUUUUUUUCUUUUUCUUUUAUUUGGCUAUGAUGUAGCACUAGUGUAAUUUAUUUUUAAUGCCAUCAUAAAACCCCCAAGUUGUAUUAAUGUGUCCAAUGCUGGAAUUUGUCUCAGGUUGAUAAAUGUGCCUGUAAUUUGUCCAGAAGAAAAUCCAAAGAAUAGAAACUGUGCAGCCAUAAGAUAAUAAAGUUGAGAAAAAGAA